AUGUCAAGGAAGGCAAGACAAUUACUUGCCAAGGGCCUUAAGUUCCGUGGUGGAAAUGAGUACAUAUACCAAACACUAGCAUUGUUGGAAGCUAAAGCAAAUCGAUAUGAGCAAGCCCGUUACUUAUUCAGCAGAGCGUGGGCGCAAUUGGAGAUGCAACGGGAAAGCAACCUUACUGCUAGGCAAUUAUUUGAGAAAGCAGUGCAGGCUAGCCCCAAGAACAGGUUUGCAUGGCAUGUAUGGGGAGUUUUUGAAUAUAAUAUGGGCAAUAUUGAAGUGUCUAUUGCAAAUCUUCUACGAUUGUUGUUCAGAAGAGCAUCUGAAUUGGAUCCAAGGCACCAACUUGUAUGGAUUACUUGGGGUGUUCUAGAGCAGAGCGUUGGUAACCUGUCUUUAGCUCGUAGGCUAUUUAUAUUUAAAUCAUCCUUGAAUAUAAAUUCUCAGAGUUACAUAACAUGGAUGGCAUGUGCUCAAUUGGAGGAGGAUCAAAGAAAUUCUGUGCGUGCUGAGGAGAUUCGUACUACACGUCUUAAAGGUCAAGCUAAUAUAGUUGUCUCACAGCUGACUGAAGUUGUGGAUGAUGCUUCAUGGGUUAUGGGGUUUCUAGACAUCAUUGAACUGGCCCUUGGCAGCAUCAAGAAACUCUUGAACAUGGAUCGGAACCAAUGCAGUAAGACGCAAGAAUCUUUGAGAAAUAUAUCAGAAGAAAGUGAAAAUAGUAGUGAUGGUCCUUCUAGAGAUACUGAUGCCAAUUUUAUAAAAAGUGGAAGUGGGUUCAAUUUGGAAUUUUUCAUCAAAGAAAGGUUGUCUCUAGAUCCAACUAAGCUGGAUAUUCAGCUAGAACCAUCUGGGAAUCCAGCAUCACGGACAGUGUUGUAA